UUGGCCAAUGGGAAGUAGCAGCACCGACGCGUCCCGACUCACGUCGACCAAUAGACUGAGCGAAAUAGAGAACUCCAUUUUGCGCAUUAUCACGGGCCAAAGAAGAUAUAUCCGCGGACUCUCGACUUCACUAUCAACGUAGUAGUCGCAACCCUUUUUGCCGUUUCGCGGGCUUUCUUGGCACCUAGGGAUUGCAAAAAUGGGGAGCAAAAAUGAGCUACAGAACAUGACUAAACGCUGUCGAAUUUGUCUAUGCGAGCGGGGCGCGGUGAUUAGUUUCAAGGAUAAGGCUGUACGAACCAUGUUCCAGGAUCUUUCCAAAUGCACCUCAAUUGAUCUCAAGAUUCAGGAUAAUCUGCCAAACUCCGUGUGUCAUAUUUGUUUAUAUAAAAUGAACGAUUGGACCGAAUUUAAGGAACGAUUUGCACAGAACAACAAAAUCUUUAUGGAAAAGGUUGAUAUAUCAGAAGCCUCGGAUAACACUAUACAAAAUUUUGUUAAAGAAGAUAGAUCAGCAGUGGAUGCAAAACAAAAGUCUUUAGAUCAAAACAUCAAGGAGAGUACUUCUGUCACUGAUAAGAACAACUGUUCUGAACACACACUAGAGGAUGUUAUAUCUAUAUCAUCAGACGACGACGAAAUUUCAUCUCAGCAUUUCUUGGCCAAACUAAAUUCCAAUAACGACAGAAAAAGCGCGAGAAAACGUAUAAAAAAUGCUCAAGAGAAUAUAAAGGAGAAGUCAAAUUUAAUGUCAGUUAAAACUACACUGUCACCUGCAAAACGUGCUAAAUCUGUUCUACAAAAUCACUGGGCGGCGAAGAGAAAGUUUUUACUCUCUAGCAAGGACACCAGUACAUUAUCAUCCGAGUCAAAUUCAGAGGACAAGAACUCUGAGACGCAUAAAAACAUUGAAGAACAUCUGAGGAAACGGAGACUUGAAAAAGUGUUAAAAAGCUUGGAAGUGAAUUUGACGCCAAAGUUCUCCAAAUUUCCGGUUCAUUCGGAUUCCGAGAAAGGCAGAACGAGAUUAAGAAGUUCGAGUACUCCUCAGCCCAAAGAGAAAUGGUUGAACCGGUCUAUUAAAGAAAUUACCAAUGACACAGAAUUGCCAGUGAGAAAAUUAUUUUCAGAAAAUUUCUCAGAUUCUGAAAACACCAUGGAUACGCUAAAGGACGUGGAUUCGCACGAAAAUAACGAAAGUAACGAAACAUUCGAACCGAUUUCGUGGAAUUCACAGAUAAUAGUAAGUGACACAAUAUUUAAUGUUUCAUCGGUAUUAAGUCUUCCUCAGUCACCCAUCAAUUCAAACAAUUUGAAUCAGAAUUAUGACGAGAAACAGCAAGAAAGCGAUACUAGUAUUAUUGAUGCAAUUAAAUUGCGUAGAGUAAAUCCCACAAACGAUGUAUCCGUCAAGAGAUGUUUAGAGCUCAAAGUGGAGAGCACAGAACUUGAUGUUCUACGACGCGUGCAAGUUGGCGUUGCAAAUUUUAUCGAAAAAGAACUGAAGCACAAACAAUUGAACAAGAUAAGUUCCGUUACGUUUGACGAAACGACUUCCAUUAAUUCUGAAUCUCGAAUCGAUCAGAAGAUAAAGGAUCUGGUGGAAGCAACUUUUAGGAAAAACGUUGAUACCGAGUGUUGGGGGAUUUCUGAACACACAAAAGCCAUAUACCAACCGAGAGUGGUGUUGGAACGUUUGGAUAUUGCUAAAGAAAGCAAGCAUUACAACAUUAAUAAUAUUUCUACAUUAAAGCAAAACGUGUCAGAAGAAAAUCUCACAAAACCGUUUAACCUCUUUAGCCGCAAACGUCAGAGUGUACUUCCAAGAAGAUACAGCGACUAUCAGACCUCACUCGAUACCGAUCCUGAUUACAAAUGGAGCUCUUCUGAAGAAAAGAAGAAAACUGUCUCAAAAUCACGCAAAAAAUUGAAAAGCGAUCAGUCGGAGAAAGAGAAACAUAUCGCUAAUAACAAUAAUAAGACGACAAAUGGUACAACCGUAACGGGUAAAGGUAACACCGUCAAACAGACAAGCGAACAGAGCGCAGAUUACGAGGAUGCGAUCAGGAUACAGGGUGCUGUAAUUGAGAAUCACAUAUGCGGACUCUGUGGAAAUUCGUUUAACAAUCGAGAAGACGUCGAGAUUCAUGUUCGAAGUCACAGAGAUGUAUCUUCCGUUAUGCACUUCACAGCUGACGACAUACGCGGUCUUAACGAGACGCCGCAACGAAAGGAGAAGAUAAUGCGUUGCAAGAGAUGCAAGGAACUGGUCGAGGAGCGCUGCGUAAAGGAGCAUUCGGUCAAAUGUAACGAGAGAUCGAUUUACAAAUGUUAUCUAUGUGAACGUAGAUUCGUUACAGCGGAACAGCUAUCUCAGCACUUUUCCGUGGACCACGGUCAACAAUGCAAGGUGGUGAUAGACAGGAACAAAAAUAUCGACAAUACGAAUACGUUGAUCACGCAAUCUGCGACGCGAUGCCGAGAAACUGAGGAAAAAACGCCGACUCAAAUUAACAAAAAUGACAUUCAAUCUCACAAAAUAACCAGCACGGCUGUUCGACUGGAAGAUAUCUCUUGCUUCUUGUGUGAUAAAGUCUUCACGGACGAAGAAUUGCUGAAGAACCAUUUGCAGGAACACUGCGACGAAGUGCCGAGCGACGACGAACAACAGAGCAAAGAACCGGAACAAUAUCAGUGUGGUAUCUGCGGCGAGUCUAUGAAGACUGAGGAACUGUUGCAAGAGCAUGUCAAUCAACACUUGUACAACGAAAGUAGUAGCAAAUUACCGAGCAACAAUCAGAAGAGUGAAAAUAAUAAUGCUAAAACAAAGAACACAGGACUGUAUUUUGACAAUAUUCCUUCCAAUCUGAAACCACCACAAAAACUUCAAGUAAUUCCUCAAGUCGCACCGCGAAAGCGGCACAAGCAAGUUUUGUCUGACGCGGCGUAUCAAUGCUCAGUUUGUGACGAAUUGUUCGACGCAGAUAAGUUAACGGAACAUAUCAGUUUGCAUAAAGCGAGUACGAACGUGUGUCAGUUAUGCGACAAACCGUUCCGUACCGAGGAAGAGUUGCAAGAUCAUGUGAUGACCCAUAUGUAACGCACUAUCACGAACGAUUUAUUAGGUGUGCUAAUUAAUUUUAUUUAGAUUUAUUCGUUUUUAAACCAAAGUUAUAAGUGUACACAAACGAGACACAAAAAAAGAGCUAAUGUAAAGUUUAUAAUAUUUUGAUGACCUUGUAUUGUAUUUUAAUUACAAACAAAGAGUUUAGUUAAAAAUCAAACAGAAUUGGCACACCUAAUAUUUUUUUUUUUUUUUCAAGAUAAAAACUGACUAUUGUGUUGUUUCAUUGUGCUGCACUCGGUCUGUAUAUUCUGAUGCAGAAAUAACUCGCACGCGUAAACAAUAUUAAAAUGUACUAAUUAAUAUUUCUUAUCUGCAAUAUUUCUUUAACUGCAAUAUAUUAUUAUAAACG